AUGUCAGAAGAUAGUGAUCUAAAUCAUAACUCCAAUGAGGCAAUUCCGAAUCAAGACCUCGAUCAAAGCGAGGGAUUUGAAGACGUUGAUCUUAAUCAAAAUGGAGUUGACAACACUGAAAAUGGCACUGCUGAGGUAGAAGCAACUGUACCUGAACACAGUAGUGAGGUUGACACUGAUCUACCAGCUGAAUCAACUGAAAUCACCACUGAAACUUCUACUAAUGACGUUGAACCAGAAGUAAAUCAUCAUCCAAAUGGAUCCAAUGGUACUCCGACCAUUGAUGUGACACCAUCUGAGCUUGAUGCCGCAGAUCAAAGUAUUGAUUCUCAAAGUAUAGAUAUACCAGCAAGACAUGUAUCAGGAAAUGAAUUACCAUCACGUAGACAAUCAUCAGUUUCAUUUCAUUCUAAUGCUACGGUAGAUAAUACCCAGAUAUUUAAAAAGGUGUUUGAGUUUAUACUUGAAGCUAAAGAAACAAAGAAAAAUCAAGAAUUGAAAGAUUCAAUCCAAAAGGCUCUUGAUUCAUUGAAUAAUGAAGCUUCAAAGGAUCCCUAUAUAAUAUUCAAUGCUUUACAAGCCACUUGUGAAAAAUCUGCCAGUAAUGAUUUAAAAGCUAAGGCAGUUGACCUUUUUGCAAAACUAUUCGAUUACGCUCAAUUCGAUGAUCAUAAUGAUAAAGCCGAUUUAACAGAAAAGUCAGUGUAUGUUAUUUCUUCCUGCUUCGAUGGUGAAGGAACAGACCCUGAAUUAGAAUUACAAGUAGUACGUGCUUUAAUGCACAGUAUACUUUUGAUGCCAUGUCAUGGGGCUCCAUUAUUAAAAGCAGUCAGACAAAUUUACAAUGUAUUCAUAUUUUCAUUAUCAGCAAGAAAUCAAUCCGUUGCUCAAGGUAUUUUGACACAAGUAAUUGGAGCCAUAUUCCAAAGAAUCACGGACUCUGCCGCUUUCAAAAAUAGAGUUAACAAGUCCUCAAGCAAUACCGGAUUAUCAUUGAAAACAGCUAGCAAAGAAAAAUUAGAAGAACCCGAAUCAGAGAAUUUAGAAAAACUUACAUUAAAGAACUUGGAGAAAUUCAAUGAUGAACUUGAAGACAGUGACAGAGUUGAUGCUGCAAACCAAGCUAAUGAACGUGAUGAAGAUUUGGUGGUUAAAGAUGCAUUUUUAAUCUUUAGAGCCAUGUGUAAGAUUUCAGUGAAACCUAUUGAUGAAACUGCCGAUAUGAGAUCCCAUUCUGUAAGAUCAAAGUUAUUGUCCUUACAUAUUAUUCACACUAUUUUAAAAGAACAUAUAGAUAUCUUUUUGAGUCAUGAUGUGGUGAUAUUUUCCACUAAAGAAGGUGAACAAACAAGAUUAAUCAACGCAAUCAAGCAACAUGUAUGUCUAGCGUUAUCAAGAAAUGCAGCCUCAUCAUUAGCUCCAGUAUUUGAACUUUCAUUAGAAAUAUUUUGGAUUAUAAUUUCAAACUUAAGAUCGGAGUUCAAGAGAGAAAUCCCAGUUUUCUUGGAUGAAAUUUACUUCCCUGUUGGUGAAAUGAAGACUUCUACUCCACAUCAAAAGAGAUAUUUGUUAUCAGUUAUUGAAAAAUUAUGUAACGAUUCAAGAUGUAUUAUUGAAUUCUAUUUGAAUUAUGAUUGUGAUACUAGUAUGCCUAAUAUUUGUGAAAAAAUCAUUGACUAUUUGACAAGAUUAUCAUUAGCCAGAAUCGAAGUAACUCCUACCCAGAAAUUAGCAUAUCGUGAAAACAAAAGAAAUGAAAUUUCAGUCUAUGAUGUUAGCAAGAUUGCAAAUUUAACUAGUAGUACAAUGACUUCAAAAGCUCCAGAACCAGAAAUAUACAGCCUUUUCCCAUUGGAGUACGCUUUGAAAAUGACUGCAAUCAAUUGUUCAGUGGCAUUUUUGAGAUCAUUAUAUUCUUGGGCUCAUAAGGGUAUUAAUGGAACAUCUUUAGGAACCAGAGUGACACCAACAAUCAGUCAAAAUGGAUCAAGAGUGGUGUUAACUAGAGACAGAUCCGGAACUUUAGAUUCUACUUCAUCCACAUUAAACAAUUCCCGUAACACUUCGUUUGUUAAUAACUCCGAACCCCAAUCUACUGAUAGUGAUAUUCCUGAACAAUUUGAAAGUCUAAAGUUGAGAAAGAAAACACUCUUAGAAGGUAUUAGACAGUUCAAUCAAAAAGCGAAAAAAGGAAUAGCAUUCUUUUUAGACAAGGGUUUUAUUGAAAACGAUGAACCAAGUAGCAUAGCAAAAUUCUUAUUAGUGACUGAUGGUUUAGACAAAGCUGUUAUCGGUGAAUAUCUUGGAGAGGUCAAUGAGAAGAAUGUUGCAACUAUGCAUGCAUUUGUUGAUCAAAUGGAAUUUGCACAAACUGAUUUUGUCGAUGCUAUGAGAAAAUUCUUACAAUCAUUCAGAUUACCUGGUGAAGGACAAAAAAUCGAUAGAUUCAUGUUGAAAUUCGCGGAAAGAUAUGUAUUAGGUAACCCUGAUGUGUUUGCAAAUGCUGAUUCGGCCUAUGUGUUAGCCUAUUCUGUUAUUUUGUUGAAUACUGAUUUACAUUCCCCUCAAAUUAAAAAUCGUAUGUCAUUCGACUACUUCAUCAAGAAUAAUGCUGGUAUAGAUGAUGGUAAAGAUUUGCCUGUAGAAUUUUUACAAAAGAUUUAUGAUGAAAUACAAAGCAAUGAAAUCAAAUUAUUGUCCGAACAACAUGCGGCAUUAUUAGCAGGUGAUGCUAAUAUAGUUCCAGCUUCAUCAGGUGGACUUUUUGGAACUAGAGAUUUUAAUAGAGAAGCAUAUAUUCACGCAUCAAAGGAAAUGUCAAAUAAGACAGAGACUUUGGUUAUAGGGUUAGGUAAAAAGUUGAGUUCGCAUAGUACCAGUGGAGGGUUUUAUACCGCAUCUCAUGUUGAUCAUGUUAAAUCAAUCUUUGAUACUUUAUGGAUGUCCAUAUUAGCUACUUUGACUCCCCCAUUUAAGGAAUUUGAAGAAGAUGAUAUCACAAAAACCUGUUUGGAAGGUAUUAAAUUAUCAAUUCGAAUUGCAAGCAUGUUUGACUUGGAAUAUGCCCGUGCUUCGUUUAUUGGAGCUUUGGUUCAAUUUUCCAACUUGAAUAACUAUCAAGAGAUGAAAGCUAAAAAUGUGGAAGCAAUUCAUAUUUUAUUGGAAGUUGCAGUUACUGAUGGUGAUCAAUUAGGAAGCGCAUGGAGUCAUGUUUUAACUUCAAUAUCACAAUUAGAAAGAUUACAAUUAAUUGCUCAAGGUAUUGAUCAAGAAUCUAUCCCAGAUGUUUCUACUGCAAAAUUAGUCAAUAGAGGAUCUUCGGACAGUAGUGCAAGACCAAGCACAAGUAAUUUCUUCAGCCUGUUUACCGCUCAAACUACUGCUUCACAAGCUGCGUCUAUUAAAUUUCACAAUCAACAGUUAUCACCAUAUGUUGCACAUUUGUUAACUAAGACUGAAUUAGGAGUUGCUAUUGAUAGAGUUUUCACUAACAGUGCAAAUUUAUCUGGUGAGGCCAUCGUUGCAUUUGUUAAAGCUUUAUCUGAAGUUGCCAUGGAAGAAAUUGAAUCAUCAGGACAAAGUAAUAAUCCAAGAACUUUCGCUUUACAAAAAGUGGUAGAUAUCUGUUACUAUAAUAUGAAACGUAUCCGUCUUGAGUGGUCGCAAUUAUGGGCAAUCCUUGGUGAAACCUUUAACGAGGUUGGUUGUCAUAGUAGUACUCUGAUCCUGUUCUUCGCAGUUGAUUCAUUAAGACAGUUAUCAAUGAAAUUUUUAGAAAUUGAUGAAUUAUCUCAUUUUAAAUUCCAAAAAGAAUUCUUAAAACCAUUUGGUCACAUCAUAGUCCAUAAUGGAUCUUUAGAAGUAAAGGAUUUAGUAUUGGAGUGUAUUAAUAAUAUGAUUUUAGCUCGUGCUACUCAAAUUAAAUCAGGUUGGAAGACUAUUUUUGAAGUAUUAACUGCUGCAGCAAAGGAGAAUAAAGAAUCUUUAGUUAUGAAGUCUUAUAAGAUGGCCAAUUGGAUUAAUAAAGAAUACAUUGCUGAGGUAAGAGCCCAGGAAUCAUUUACAGAACUUGUUAGAUGUUUCACUACAUUAGCUAAAAAUGAAAGAUUCCAAAGAGUUAGUCUUUUAUCAUUAGAUGUAUUACUGAGAUUGGUUAAUCAUAUUGCUCAAUAUAGUUUUACUGAAACCGAUAAUGGUGGAGUGGCAAGAAUUGCUGAUAAGAGCGAAUUACUUGAUAAAUUAUGGUUCCCAGUAUUGGAAGGUUUUGUUGAUAUAAUCAUGAAGGGAGAUGAACUUGAAGUUCGUUCUAGAGCCUUGGUCUAUUUAUUUGAAGUUAUUAACCAAUAUGGUGGAUAUUUUGAAUUGAAUUUCUGGGAUAGAGUAUGCAAGGAAUUACUUUUCCCUAUAUUCGAAGUUUUGAAUGAACAUUGGGAAUUAAGUAUUGAUGAAUCUAAUGAUAAAUUAUCAGUUUGGCUUUCUACAACUUUGAUCCAAGCGUUACACAGUAUGAUAAAACUUUUUGGUACAUUCUUUGAUGCUUUGAAGCAUUUAUUGGAUAGAUUUUUGGAAUUGAUUGUUUCUUGCAUUUGUCAAGAGAAUGAUACUAUUGCCAAGAUAGGUAGAGAAUGUUUAUCAAUUUUAAUUUUAAAAAGUUGUACUGAAUUUGAUGGAAACCAUUGGAGCUUGAUAAACGUUGCCUUUGCAGAGUUAUUUGAGUUAACCACUGCUACUGAAUUGUUUACUUUAGAUCCUCUCAGAAGACACAGAGAAGAAAUUACUGUUAACGGUGAUAAUAAUGCUGCUCCAGAUGCAUUAAACGAACCAUUAACACCUAGACGUGAUGGUCCUGAAGAAAGAGCAAUAAUUUCCAGAAAACAAUCUGCCAUAGUUGUUAAAAGUGUGUUACAGUUGUUGUUAAUUCAAACUCUUUCCGAACUUUUUGAAAAACCAGAAUUUUAUAAGACCAUUCCAUACCAAUCAUUAUUGAGAUUGGCAUUCCUUCUUCUUCAAAGUUACCAAUUUGCCAAAAGAUUUAAUGAUGAUUAUGAUUUAAGAGUGAGAUUAUGGAAUGCUGGUGUAAUUGAAAGAUUACCAAAUUUAUUGAAGCAAGAAUCUUCAUCAUCGGCAGUAUUUAUAAAUGUGAUGUUCAAAAUGUAUUGUGACGACAAUAAGGCGAAUCAACUUGCCAAACAAGUAAUAAUGGAAUCAGUAAUACCGUUAUGUAAUAGUAUAACUGAAAGGUAUGCCGACCUUGAAGAAAACGGUAAUCAAAAAAGCAUCGCUACUUGGAAACCAGUCAUUGUUGAAAUAUUUCAAGGUUAUAUUGAAUUAGAUGAUGGAGAUUUCCUUACCUAUUCUCCAGCUAUGUAUAGUUUAACUUUGAAAUUAUUUUCCAAGAGCAUGUCAUCUGAGUUAAGAGGAGCUAUAAAAGUAUUCUUGACCCGAGUUGGAGAAGAAUUUAUUGAAAAUAAAGACUGAACGUAGUUUAUUUCCAUACCUAAAAUUUAAAAUGAAAAACAUUAUGUAUAUUAUAAGUAAUUAAAAAAGAUAUAGUUUUUUUUGAAUAUAUAUUAAAAAAUUAAUUUGCAACCAUUUCAUUCCAUUUGCUUACGCCCAGUGCUACUAUUUACGCAGGGGCCGUAUAUAGUAGUACUUAAUUUUACACAGUCAGUAAAGUCAUACAUUUUAUAAAAUUAACACAAAACCAAUUUAUUCUUUUUUUCUCAAGUCGUUGGACGGUCAGCAAAUUUUUCAGGCUUUUUUUUUCAAUUUCA